UAAACCGUCGGAACCGUCUGUCAAAACGGCUGCAUUAGCGCGCAACGGCUAACACAAAUAGCUGUAAAUCAAGAGUAAUAAAUACAGACGCAUGCUUUCGGUUGUGAACGAGAUUUCUCGUAAUGUUACAGAAUGGAGUUGAGCCACGACAAGCUUUUAGACUCCCCCUCCAAAAACAGCUACAUAGGGAGCUACUACCAACCUCCGGACAAGAUACUGGCAAUUCCAAAAGAAGCAGGGCUGACCCCCAAAAGGGCAGAGACCCGUAUGGACGGUCCUGAGCUCCAACCGACUAUACAGAACAGCCAGGGUGUCGCGGACGCACUGAAGACACUUCAGGAAAAAAUUAAACGGCUGGAGCAGGAGCGGCAGCAAGCGGAAAAGAGCUUGGAUGCGAGGAAGCAUGAGCCUGCCGCCACGUCAACGAGCCUGCCGGUGACAGAAAGCGAGAACAGGAGCGAGCUGGACUCCAAGUUGAUGUCUGCCGAGUCUCGCUGUAAGAUGCUUGAGAAGCAGCUCGACUACAUGAGGAAGAUGGUGGACGGCGCAAGGAAGCACAAGGGCACUCCGAUGGACAAUCAGAAGCAACAAGAGAAGGAGCCAAGCAAUGCAAACAACCAAAUUCAGCGCGAAAAGCUGCAGAAACUUGAAUCGGAGUGUCUCAAACUGAGCAGAACGCAAAACUUGUCCGAGAUGAAGCUUGCUGUUCUAGAGCAGAGGCUUCUGAAGGAAGAGCAUGAGCGUAAACUUGUGCAAGAGAAAGCAGGCCAGCUGCAGCGAGAGUUGGACCUCAACCUCCGACUAUCCUCUCCACCAGCCAUCCACCAGACGAAGCCAAAGAAGACUCCCCAAAAGCCCAUUCUGAAAUCCCCCAUAUCGAAUGGGAUACAGAGGCACAAAAGAAUUCCAUUUGUGGCAGGAACGUCGACCAGCCCGAGCCACUCGGUGCACGCCAACAUGCAGAGCAUACUACACAUGUUCAAGCACCACCAUCCUCAGCUGUGCGAGCGAUUGAGCGCCCUGCACUGCUCGGGCGGCGCCGGUGCCAGGAAGAGCCUGCGCAUGGACGUCCAGCUGGCGGCCCAGGAGCCCGAACCCGACCCCCAGUCGCUGGGCUCGCUGUCCGACCUCCUGCUGGCCCUUCAGGAUGAGCUGGGACAGAUGGGCUUUGAACAUCAAGAGCUAAUGCGUCAGAUUGACGCCACUCAGCAAAUGGAGCAACGGAAUAAACUGCAGAGAGAACUGGAAAGUAUGGUGGCCAGGAUGGACAAAAAAGGAGCGCAGAUCAUUAAACUGAGAAAACACCAGCAAACGGUCCACAAGUUGAGCCAGCAACCGCGGGCCACCAACAAGGCCACCGAGCCGAACACCGUGCAGCCAUCGUCGUCUUUUCCUGCACCGAAGAAUUAUAAUCGUCAUCAGGACAGGCCGAGCAGCGCAGGUCAGCAGAGCCUACGCAUUCUCAGGGAGACACAGAAGUUGCGCAACAGCCUCAAAGAAGAAGACAUCAGAUGGGAACCUUGACUAUGAUGAGCCACGUGUUUUUAAAUCUUGUUUUCAACUGUUUAUAUCCACUUUUUCUUUUUUUUUUAAUAAAACAUUUGAUACACUUUGUUUUACCAGUUAAUGUAAUAUUUAGCCACAAGAUGGCAGUGUUGAGCCAGAAUGGGAAACGAGACUUGAAAGGGGAUAGGUCGAGAGAUCUCCAGUUGAGUGAAUGUUGUUGCAUGACUCAAAACAACCACAUUUCCGGUAUGCUCCAGUCAAAAGUAGCUCAUUUCUCUGAACGCAACCAAACCCAAUAGAAAGGCAGCACUUUAGAAAUAACAAUCUGCUGAUUUAAGACAUCAAGCAAGAUGGGAAAUAAAAACAAAAUGAUAGGUUGAUUAGAAGAA